CUCAUUAUGGUUGUGCUACGAACGUCUAGUACUGUUAACAGUUGUCCGCCAUUAUACUCCUAAUACAAGUGUAUAUUGCUAUACUAUUAGGUUGCUAUAGGAAUACACACCAACGCACCACCUCCCCGCACCUAAACCGACCUAGGUAGCUAGAGUAAUAAUGCCUAGCCUACAGGCAAUUUCUAUAUCGUGUCUAAUAGAGGUAAACAGGAGGCUUCCAAUAACGCGUCCGUAGGCCAACCCGUACGUGUACGUCGAGUUUAAGAUACAAUUCUCAAUAUUACAUUCCGUUUCCCAUUAGCCGGAGGUUCGUAGAUUUAGGUGCCUGACCUUGGUAGGAAUCUAACCGGAAAUCAGCCAAUCCGAUAUGUCUUUAUCCGGUAAUAGCCUAGUAGACAUUAAUAUACAUUGCUCAUCUUUUCCCGGCAUCCUCGUAGCAGAAGUGUUUCUAUUUGUUCCCUUUUUGUCCUUUUUUUCCUCCUGCGGGCUCUCUCGCGGCCAUUCCCCCAGGGGCGUUGACACGACCAGACGAAUAUCCGCAACGCGUGGGCUUCGUACCUAUAUUAAUCACAACGACGGUCAGAUCAUAAUCAUCGUGAUGGGGCAUAAUAUAUUAUAUACAUACGUGGCGGAGAUACAACCCCUUCCUGUCCGACGCCGUGCCAUACCUUGUGCUAACAUCGUCUUCCCAGCCCUCGUUGCCUUCCGUAACAGAUUCGCCAGCGAGACACCUCCCCCCCUGGAGACGGCGUCGAUAAUAGCGUUACAGUCUCGGCAGCUGACAGGUAUGAGGCAAGAAUCCAUCCUCUCGGCGCAUUCGCAGCUUCAUUGGUCCGACCAGCUCAGCUAGCUGUGAAUGCCCCUCGUCUCCGGCAGCAUGGCGAAUAGGUUCUUCUAUCGGCCCUUUCCCACGCUGAGCCCUCAACUAGGCAAAUCGCCCGGCCCCCCUCCCACCCGUACCCCAU